CCAGGAGCAGCAGCAGCGGGUGCUGCAGGAGCUCUGCACUGUCACGGUGGCGUCUUCUGACCGCAGUGGGAAGAGCUCCCCGUCCUUCUCUGCUGCUCUCCUGGGAGUUGUGUGGACGUUCCUGACCGGAGGAGUCCUGCUAGCGCUCUUCUUUCUUGUCUUCACAAUUCGCUUCAGGAAAAACAGGAUCGUGAAGAUGUCCAGCCCCAACCUGAACAUUGUGACCCUGCUGGGCAGUGGCUUGACUUACGCUAGUGCUUACCUCUUUGGGAUCCAGGAGCAGAGCCUGCCGUCUGGAGAUUCCAUGGAAAAGCUUAUUCAGGUGCGGCUCUGCCUGCUGUGCGUGGGGACCUCCCUGGUGUUUGGCCCCAUCCUGGGGAAAAGCUGGCGGCUCUACAAGGUCUUCACCCAGCGGGUGCCAGACAAGCGGGUGAUUAUCAAAGACCUCCAGCUGCUGGCAAUGGUGGCAGCGCUGGUGCUGGCGGACGCCGUGUUGCUCUUGACGUGGGUAUUCUCUGAUCCAGUCCAGUGUUUCCGAAGCCUCAGCGUCUCACUGCGGGCGACAGAGAAGGGCCUGGCCUGCUCAGCGAGCCGCGUGCAGUCCUGCGCGUCUCUCUAUUCUGAUCUCUGGCUCGUUCUCAUUUUAGGGUUCAAGAGUAUCCUUCUGCUGUAUGGGACCUACUUGGCUGGUCUGACCGACAACAUUAGCUCCCCGCCGGUCAACCAGUCCUUGACGCUCAUUGUCGGGGUCAAUCUCGUUUUCCUGGCUGCCAGCACUGUCUGCUUAGUUCACCGUUUCUUCCGUGCUUGGCACAACUUGCUGUUUGGUUUUACCUCUGGAGGCAUCUUUGUGUGUACAACCACGAUCAACUGCUUCAUCUUUAUCCCACAGCUCAAGCAGUGGAAGGCCUUUGAAGAAGAAAGCCAAACCCUGAGCCACAUGGCAAAAUAUUUCACCAGCCCAAGCAGGAGCUGCCGCUCGGUGUACAGCGAGGAGCAGCUCUACCAGAAGCGGCUGCUCACCGAGAAAAACGCCGUGAUCGAAAGCCUGCAGGAGCAAGUGAGCAGUGCCAAGGAGAAGCUGAUGAGGCUGAUGUCUGCGGAGAGCGUUUUUGACUUGGGGGACGGCCUCGAACAUGACCUGAAAGGCACCCAGGAGUGCGGGACCCCUGCGGGGCAGGGCCAGUCUCCGGAGCAGCUGCCGGGCCAGGACACCUCAGCUGGCGUGGCCUGGGAGUCGUCCCCCAAAGUCAGCUACGUGAGCAGCGAGAAGCUGCGGGAAAUCUUGCAAGAGCUGAGCCUGGAUGGC